UAGCUACGAUUUGUUUACACCGCCAUUAACACUCGCAUUGAAACCGGGCUUGGUAACUGAAGUUCAGGUCCUCGCACAUGAGAUCAUCUGAUAACGACAUAAGUCAAAAGCCCGGAUGAUUUAUUUAAUGAACACCAAUAUCAACUGAGUUAUAUUGGUGUGACAAGUAGGAUUUCAUUUGCCUGUCCUUUGUGGAUGGCAAAAAUGAAGAUGACAGAGCAAGUCGUCGGAACGUGGUUUCCAUCUGGAUACUAUGGCCAUUUCCGAAGCAAGUCCAGGAACGACUUCUGCAAUGAAUACCGCAAUCUUGCAAGACCACAACCCCCCAAGAAAUUUUUCAACAGGUCUAAGCAACCCACACCAAGACAUGUGUUCUCUCACCAUGACAACAGAGAAUCGUUUCUGAAUGAUGCCCUGUAUUUUGAGCAGGGAUUAGGAAGGAAACGGGUUCCAAACGAGACUUACAAUUUCAAACGGGAUUUCAUCACAUGGAUGCCAGAAAAAGAGUACAUGGAAAGGUCACGACCCCUAGUUUCAACCUACAAAGUUGACUUUAAGAGCAAGAAGACGGAAAUCACCAAAUUUUCGUCAACAAUCUCAAUGGAAGAAAAACAACACCACAAUAUACCGCAGAUAAUGGUGAAACGUCCAAAGACUUCGUUUGACGGAGUUCCGACAACAUCAUAUAGAUAUUCUCAUGGUGACAUGAGCAGUAACCCAAACAAGGAGCUUAUCACAGCCGUAAAUAAUGACGCACUGCAGCUAAGUUUGCUAAACAGGAAAAACAGGGCCAUGUCAGCUAAAUCAAGCGGAAGAGAAUCUGUUGCUUCAUGCAUGAUUUGGCACAGCGCCAAAACUCAAGAAUCAAGUUCGAAUGGAAAAUCUAGAAUUCCCGAAGCUACAGCAACAACAGUGUUUUUACCACAUCCUCCCCCGCCAAGGGACACACAACCAGCAAAACAGGUCACUAUUGCAUCCCCGCCUGUUCAAAUGGAGCAGACGGUCACUGUACCAACUUGUACUCCAAUAGCUGCACCACAGCCGACUAUAGUGUGGACGCCGCCUCAAACAGAAGUAGCCUGUUGAUUAUUUACGGCCUGAAACAUAACGAUAGGUUACAUAGGUAUAUUUCUUCAUUGUUUUAGCUUGUUCAUAAAAAAAAAUAUGUCUUGUCAAAAAAUUUGUAAGGAUAUAAUUAUAUUAUCAAGAUCUGUUAUACAAAGAAUGUAAUUUCUUGAUAGCAAAAUGAUGCAAAAGUUUCUAACAUAAGGGAAAAACAGGAGAGCUACAGACAACAAGUAGUGCGUUUACUUAUUAUGACAGUUUUACUGGAUACACAUCUAUGUUAAUGAAAAAAAAAAAAAAAAAUAACAGUUUGUCCCAUUUACAUA